CAAACAUUUAAAAAAUAAUAAACGCCGUGCAAUGUUAUUUUUCACCCCCUUUUCUUAGCUAGGCGCUUCCUUGAAUACAGUAACGUUAUCAGCAAGCGUCUAAAUUCAAAGAUUUAUGUUCGCCUCGCUGUGGUGUUCGUUCGUUCGCGUAAAGAAGAACAAUGGGGACAAGAGUAUACCUUGGGCAUUUACCAUAUCACGUUAGAGAACGUGAUGUGGAACGGUUCUUUCAAGGGUAUGGCAAACUACGCGAUGUUAUGCUGAAAAAUGGCUAUGGAUUUGUUGAAUUUGAAGACAACAGAGAUGCUGAUGAUGCUGUGUAUGAGCUGAAUGGAAAAGAACUAUGUGGAGAAAGGAUCAGUAUUGAGCACGCUAGAGGUACUCCACGGGGAUCAGACCGAUACAAUGACUUCCCUCCACCAAGACGGGGUGGUGGUGGUGGCAGAGACAGAUACGGCCCACCUACUCGUACAGACAACAGGCUGAUAGUGGAGAACCUGUCAUCCCGAGUUAGUUGGCAGGAUCUGAAGGAUUACAUGAGACAAGCCGGGGAAGUGACAUAUGCUGACGCUCACCGGGAUCGCAAAAACGAGGGGAUUGUGGAGUUCAUGUCCUACAAUGAUCUAAGGAGGGCGAUUGACAAGCUCGAUGGGACAGAAAUAAAUAGCCGACGUAUUAAGCUGAUUGAGGAUAAGCCACGCAGACGAAGAAGGUCGACACGAUCUAGAUCCCGUUCCCGAAGUCGCAGUCGUUCACGCUCCCGCCGACAUAGGUCACGAUCCCGCUCCAGGUCACGCAGGCGAAGGUCUCGCACCAAAUCUAAGUCCAGAUCGCGCUCCAAAUCCAAGUCAAGGUCACGCUCCAGGAGGUCAAGGUCACACUCACGAUCAAGGUCGCGCAGCAGGAGCAGGUCAAAAAGUCUGUCAAAGAGCAAGUCUAAGAGUCGCAGCAAAUCAAGAAGUAAAUCGCGCAGUAAAUCGCGCAGCAAGUCACGCUCAAAGAGUCCAGAAAAGGAAAGAGAAAAGUCAAAAUCACCGGAGAAGGAGGAAGCGAUGGUUGAAUCUGAAGAAAAUAAGCCGGAAUAGAUGUCACACUACAAGAUUGGUUCAGGGUUUUGUUUGCAGAGGUGUUGUGUGUCUUGAAGAAAUCAUUGUUGUAACAUAUGUUGCAACACGUUGUAUCCGACAAGUAACACUCUCUAGCAUUAUACUGCAGGUUUAUUGUGUUGAAGUGUUCUUUUUGUCCGAUUUGAUAUUGAAUUCACUGUUGACAGUUGUAGUGUUAAUUACAUUUUAAAAUGUUCAUCUUUGCUAUAAAAGCCAUUGUAUUUUUAAACCAUAAGACUAUCCUUGGAUUGUUGGGAAGUACGAGUGUGUAUCAUAUUCUUUCCUGCUGUGUUCAAAAUUAAUGUAAAUAAUUCAUGCAUUCUCUAAUGGCUUCAUACUUCAUAACAGAAAUAUCUCCAGCUAUGUGAAAUAUAUAAUUUACGAUUUUGAAGCUAGACUUCUUACAAAAUUGUACAGUUUACGUUUUGUUCUACAUAUAAAAUGUGUAUUUCUGUUUUGAAAUGUUUUCAUUGUUCGUAGACUGCCAUCUACUGGUAGGAUAGGGUCCAGAUUUAGAUUUUAACAUUGAAUAUUUUUACAUUUCACUUCAGUUAUAUUGUAUGUUUCUAAUAUGCACAUUAAUGUGUCGCUAGAAAUCAAACAUUAUUUAUCAUCUUGUAUAUUAUCUCAUGGAAUAAAUUGUUUAAUUUGUGAA